AUGGCCUUUGCAAGAUCCAUGUGGCUGAACUGUGUAUGGAGAGCGACGGCAGUCCACCUGUUACACAUGGGAUUGAAUGCCACUUUUGCUUUGUGUGUACUUGGAUUUUUGCUUCACGCUGCAGCUGUGUCCUCCCAAAAAUUGGAUGAUACCAACCCAGUGGUGACCACCAACUUUGGCAAGAUAAGAGGGAUUAAGAAGGAACUUAAUAAUGAGAUUCUGGGGCCCGUUAUUCAGUUUCUCGGGGUUCCAUAUGCUGCCCCUCCAACAGGGGAGCGCCGCUUCCAGCCUCCUGAGCCUCCAUCUCCCUGGGCAGAUAUCAAAAAUACCACUCAGUUUGCUCCAGUGUGCCCCCAGAACAUUAUAGAAGGCAGGUUGCCUGAAGUCAUGCUUCCUGUGUGGUUUACUAAUAACUUGGAUGUAGUUUCCACCUAUGUACAAGAUCAGAACGAAGACUGCCUCUAUUUAAAUAUCUAUGUCCCAACCGAGGAUGUCAAAAGAAUAUCCAAGGAAUGUGCCAGAAAACCCGGCAAGAAAAUUUGUAGAAAAGGAGGUCCCCUUACAAAGAAACAGACAGAUGAUUUAGGUGAUAAUGACGGUGCUGAAGAUGAAGACAUUCGGGACAGUGGGGGACCUAAGCCUGUGAUGGUGUAUAUUCAUGGAGGGUCCUACAUGGAAGGCACUGGAAAUUUAUAUGAUGGCAGUGUUCUAGCAAGUUAUGGGAAUGUGAUAGUCAUCACAGUCAACUAUCGCCUUGGGGUACUUGGAUUUUUGAGCACUGGGGACCAAGCAGCAAAAGGAAACUAUGGCCUCCUUGAUCUAAUCCAAGCUUUGCGAUGGACUAGUGAAAAUAUUGGGUUCUUUGGUGGUGACCCAUUAAGAAUAACUGUUUUUGGAUCUGGUGCAGGCGGUUCAUGCGUCAAUCUGUUGACUUUAUCCCAUUAUUCUGAAGGUAACCGUUGGAGCAAUUCAACCAAAGGACUUUUUCAAAGAGCAAUAGCUCAAAGCGGAACAGCUCUCUCCAGCUGGGCGGUUAGUUUUCAGCCUGCAAAAUACGCCAGAAUGUUGGCUACAAAAGUUGGUUGCAACAUGUCAGACACUGUAGAAUUGGUAGAAUGUCUACAGAAGAAGCCUUAUAGAGAACUUGUCGACCAGGACAUUCAACCAGCAAGAUACCACAUAGCCUUCGGACCAGUAAUCGAUGGUGAUGUGAUACCAGAUGAUCCUCAGAUCUUGAUGGAGCAAGGAGAAUUCCUCAAUUACGACAUCAUGUUGGGAGUUAACCAAGGGGAAGGGUUAAAAUUCGUGGAAAAUAUUGUGGAUAGUGAAGAUGGCAUAUCAGCCAGUGAUUUUGACUUUGCGGUUUCUAAUUUUGUCGAUAACUUAUACGGAUACCCUGAAGGCAAAGAUAUAUUGAGGGAAACUAUUAAAUUUAUGUACACAGACUGGGCAGAUCGCCACAAUCCUGAGACCAGGAGGAAAACACUGCUGGCUUUGUUUACUGAUCACCAGUGGGUUGCACCAGCAGUGGCUACAGCAGAUCUUCACUCAAAUUUUGGAUCGCCUACAUAUUUCUAUGCCUUCUACCAUCAUUGCCAGACAGAUCAGGUACCUGCAUGGGCAGAUGCAGCCCACGGAGAUGAGGUUCCUUACGUACUAGGAAUCCCCAUGAUUGGUCCUACCGAAUUAUUCCCAUGUAAUUUCUCCAAAAACGAUGUCAUGCUAAGUGCAGUGGUGAUGACGUACUGGACUAACUUUGCAAAAACUGGUGACCCAAAUCAACCAGUGCCACAAGAUACAAAAUUCAUCCAUACGAAACCAAAUCGUUUUGAAGAAGUAGCAUGGACCCGAUAUUCUCAGAAAGACCAACUGUAUCUUCACAUUGGAUUAAAACCACGAGUGAAAGAACAUUAUAGGGCCAAUAAAGUGAACCUUUGGUUGGAACUGGUACCUCAUCUGCACAAUCUUAACGACAUUUCGCAGUAUACCUCUACCACAACUAAAGUGCCAUCAACUGACAAUACUUUCAGACCAACAAGGAAAAAUUCAGUUUCUGUUACUUCAGCCUUUCCUACAGCCAAACAGGAUGAUCCCAAACAACAGCCCAGCCCCUUUUCUGUGGAUCAAAGGGACUAUUCGACGGAAUUGAGUGUUACUAUUGCAGUCGGUGCAUCUUUGCUAUUCCUGAACAUUUUGGCCUUUGCGGCAUUGUACUACAAAAAAGACAAGCGGAGACAUGAUGUCCAUAGGAGAUGUAGCCCACAACGUACUACUACCAAUGAUCUUACCCAUGCACAAGAAGAGGAGAUAAUGUCCCUCCAAAUGAAGCACACUGACUUGGAUCAUGAAUGUGAGUCCAUUCAUCCACAUGAGGUGGUUCUUAGGACCGCCUGUCCCCCAGACUACACGCUAGCUAUGAGAAGGUCUCCUGAUGACAUUCCCUUAAUGACACCCAACACCAUCACAAUGAUCCCCAACACUAUACCAGGGAUUCAACCCCUACACACAUUCAAUACGUUUACCGGAGGACAGAACAAUACUCUGCCCCAUCCUCAUCCCCACCCCCAUUCACACUCAACAACCAGGGUAUAG